AUGUUUCUGCUGCCAGUCUUGCGCGAAUAUGCGUUUAUGCAAUUGUCGUGCCAGUAUUUCUUUGACACGAUCGCAUUAUCCGUCAAUAAUUCACAGACAUCUCGACUACAGAGCACCAGAAAACGCAAGAGAUUCGAGCCCAGACAAGAUCAUACGGAUCGGGUCUUGCAGUUGAAGCAGCUGUAUGUGGAAGGGUUUACAUCGGACCAAAUAUGGGAACAAGCCACACGGAUUCUUGAUUCAACUAGCAAAGAAAUAGAGCGCGAUAGUAUCCAUGCUAGGAAAUCGGCCCGAGCCCCUUCAGCCGGCUCGGCCUCCGAGACCGAAGGACCUGGAUACGAGUCAAUAGAGGGCUCUGAAAAUGAGUCGGUAAUCGAUCACGAUGACAUGAAUACUGGCCCAGAGCCUAAUGACUCUCCUGACGGUGAAUUGGAUACUGGGGGUGAGAUCGAUGAAGUGUCUGAUGAAGACGCUGCUUCCGCUAGAUCUGAUGAUGAAAGUAAACACGGCACAUAUACGGAAGAUCGUUUCGGGUUGAAUGAUGGUUUCUUUUCGAUAGAUGACUUCAACGCGCAAGCUGAAGCUUUUGAAAGGGAAGACCUCAGAGGUGGGCCAACCGAAGAGGUCGAUAGCGAUGAUGAAGAUAUCGAUUGGCAUGCGAACCCCCUUGUUCCGGGCAAUGCAAUGUCCGUUUCAAAAGGCCCAUCAAAAGUAAACGGAACGGAAGAUGAAAUGAGUGAUAGUAGUGACGAAGAGGGUCCUACGUUUGGGAACGCAAACUUGCAAGGCGACUUAGACUCGGAAGAGGACAGUGACAGUGCAGGCGCCGACGAUGGAGACGGCGCUGGUUGGAUUGACACUAGCGAUAUCAAAUACACCGACUUCUUUGCGCCGCCUCCCCGAAAGGUCACAACAAAGAAGGCACGCCCACUCCCAAAGACGCAGCCUAAUACGGCUAACCUCGAUAACGAUGUGGGCCGUGCAAUGGCUGAUGUUCGCCGCGAUUUAUUCGAAGACGAGGCUUCGGAUAAUGGGGUUUCUUCCGACGACAAUGGAGACCCUAAAACGCAACGGUCAACGCAUGAGAAACAACGGGCACAUAUUGCAGACGAGAUACGUCGCCUUGAAGCCGCCAAUGUCGCCAAGAAGGAAUGGAUGCUCUCUGGUGAAGCCAGGGCAGCCGAGAGACCCAUGAAUUCACUGAUUGAGGAAGAUCUUGAUUUUGAGCGGAUCGGGAAGCCAGUGCCUGUUGUCACGACAGAACUCUCAGAGAGCAUUGAGGACCUGGUAAAGCGCCGCAUUCUAGCCAAGGAAUUUGAUGAAAUUAUUCGUCGCCGUCCUGGUACUUCAGAUGCCCAAGAUGCACGGAAGCCGAGAUUCGAGUUGGAGGACACGAAGCCUCAGCAAAGUCUUGCUGAAAUGUACGAAGCUGACCAUCUUCGUGCUACUGAUCCCAAUUUUGUCGAUCCUAAAAACCAAAAGUUGGUGAAGGAACAUGCUGAAAUCACGAACUUGUGGAAGGAAAUCAGUAGCCAGUUGGAUACUCUUUCUAAUUGGCAUUACAAGCCAAAGGCUCCUCAAGCAAACAUCAACGUCAUUACGGAUGUGUCGACUGUCAUGAUGGAGGAAGCGCGACCAACUGUUAGUGGUGCUGUGAAUGAUUUGGCAGCCCUCGCUCCGCAGGAGAUCUAUGCUCCUGGUAGCGAUGGCAAAGCUACUGGAGAGGUUGUGUUGAAGACAGGAGCAUCUGUUGCCAAAGACGAAAUGACUCGCGAAGACAAGGCCAAGUUGAGACGACAACACAAGAAACAGAAAAAGGCUGGUACUGGACAGUCCAAUCAACAGUCCAGUAAAUCAGCCGAAAGGCAACAACUCGUGUCGGACCUGAAGCAGGGAGGUGUCAAGGUCAUAGGGAAACAGGGUGAGGUUACAGAUAUCCAUGGUAGCAAGGUUGAUGGGGUAGGCACGAGAAAUAGUGGUGAUACGCUGAAGUUCGCGAAUUCUAUAAAGAAAGAUGCUUUCGCGCUUGUAACUCUCGGCGUCGGGAUCAUCCUGGAUUUCACUGAUAUCAAAUAUUUUCUUUGCCACUUUCAGAAAACGAACAUCCGCUCGCCUACGUCUCUUGAAGCAAAAGUAGCAUACUGA